UGUUGUGCAUAUGAGGCUUUUUGAGAGUAAUGUGUCUGUGAGCGUUGUGUCAGUGAGUGUAGUGUCGGUGAGUGUUGUAUCUGUGAGUGUAGUGUCGGUGAGUGUAGUGUCGGUGAGUGUUGUGUCUGUGAGUGUAGUGUCGGUGAGUGUACUGUCGGUGAGUGUUGUGUCUGUGAGUGUUGUGUCUGUGAAUGUAGUGUCGGUGAGUGUAGUGUCGGUGAGUGUUGUGUCUGUGUGUGUAGUGUCGGUGAGUGUUGUGUCUGUGAGUGUAGUGUCUGUGAGUGUUGUGUCUGUGUGUGUUGUGUCUGUGUGUGUAGUGUCGGUGAGUGUAGUGUCGAUGAGUGUAGUGUCGGUGAGUGUAGUGUCGGUGAGUGUUGUGUCUGUGAGUGUAGUGUCUGUGAGUGUUGUGUCUGUGAGUGUUGUAUCAUUGAGUGUUGUGUCAGUGAGUGUAGUGUCGGUGAGUGUUGUGUCAGUGAGUGUAGUGUCUGUGAGUGUUGUGUCAGUGAGUGUUGUGUCAGUGAGUGUAGUGUCGGUCAGUGUUGUGUCUGUGAGUGUUGUGUCUGUGAGUGUUGUGUCAGUGAGUGUUGUGUCAGUGAGUGUAGUGUCG